AAGAGCCUGAAGAAGUGGAAUCUGCAGAGGAUAAUGAUUACGUUGAGGGUUGCAGUCGCUUUAAUCCUGAUCAUUAUGUGCUCUGCAAAAUUCCCACCCACGGUUAUAUCGAAACAGAAAACGGGAUACCCCCUAAAGAUCCAUCAACAGUUUCAAGACCGAUUAACAAGGCAUAAACCUAAAUCGGAAGGUGUUUGGUCACCAUGGAGUUCAUGGACGUCGUGUUCGAGGAGCUGUGGCGGUGGAGUUUCGCAACAAAUUCGUCAUUGUGUCCCAAAGCACACUCGACACAGCUCUAACCAGGAUAAUCAAAAGCGACAUCAUCGCUCGAAGAGAAAAUUGGGUAAUCACUGCAUUGGCGUUUACAGAAGAUUUCAUCUAUGUAACACGCAGAAAUGCCAUAGAAAUCAAGAUUUUAGGUUAGAGCAGUGCGCCUUUUUUAAUAGAUAUCCAUUCAAGGGAAGAUUUUAUUACUGGGAGCCAUACCUUCAAGGGGGAGAAGAAUGCUCUUUAAACUGCCGUCCUACAGGAAUGAAUUUUUACGCAACCUUUAAUAAGACUGUGAUUGAUGGAACUUCGUGUUUUCAUCCCUUGACGUCGACGGGAAAAGCCGCACCGCCAGGAACUCGCGGCGUCUGCGUUGAAGGACAAUGUAAGAGUGUCGCCAGUAACGGGGUAAUUGGCUCAAUUGACGAGUCGUCCGAGGUUUGCUCAGCUUGUCGAAAAGGAUCAUGCAAGACAAUUUCCGGUUUAUAUACUAAACCGGACCUGCCGCAAGGAUAUUCCUUGGUCACCCAAAUUCCGGCAGGAGCCUGUAAUAUCAUCGUCCAGCAGCUGAUGAACACUAACAACCGCAUAGCGCUCAAAAACUCAAAUGGAACCUUUAUAAUUAACGGCGAAUGGAAGUUUAGCCAAAGCAGAAGCGUGGAGAGUGCGAACACCAAGUUUUUUUACAAAACUCAGGACAGUUCGACGAAGGAGACUAUUAAGGCAACCGGGCCUAUUUCCAAUGCAAUUGAUAUUUUGUUAGUUACACAACAACCAAAUCCAGGGAUAAAGUACGAUUACUCUUUACCAAUGAUGAUUCCGCUGGAUGAAGAAAUUGCACCUCCUUUCCACCCGGUACCUUCACAGCUGGAACCGCGCCGGUUAGACGUUCCCUCAAAUUCUGUAUCUCAACACGACGAAGCGAAACCUGGACAUAACUAUCGGCGGAAAAUAAGGAAAAGGUUCUCGUGGAAAAUCUCGGGAGUAUCUCCUUGUUCAAAAUCGUGCGGUGGAGGCCUGCAAACCACCACGUAUACAUGCGUCAGAGAGCAUGGUCAUACACCAGUCUCCGACAAGCGAUGCUCUCACUUGGAGCGCCCAAUCCAACAGCAGAUCCGUUGCAACACUCAUCCCUGCGCAGCUUUCUGGGGAGGCGUUUGGAGCGCGUGCACUGGAUCGUGUGGCCAAGGCUUGCAACACUUCGUGGUUACGUGCCAACAAGAUCGUGGCGGUAAGCCGAUUGCCGUACACGACAACGUCUGCUCCACAGCAAAACCAAACGCUUCAAGCAGACCUUGCAAGUUACCACCAUGUGAAACUCGAUCUGAUAAUGAAAUCAAUCAACGCGUAGAUUCGACCAAUAAAGUUGAAGUACACGAGUGGAAGGUGGGGCCUUGGUCGCAGUGUUCCGUAUCGUGCGGCACUGGUCAACGUACCAGAGUCAUCUCUUGUCCAAGUGGGAGAUGUUUAAGCGAACUGAGACCUCCUCACGCUGAAUACUGUGAUAGCGGUAAUUGUGCUGCACAUGGACACGUUUCUCCGUGGUUAGUGUCGGAAUGGUCGCAUUGCUCCGAGUCGUGCGGGACCGGAACGCAGUUUAGGCUGACGAUAUGCGGCAUCGGCUCGUGCGAACCUUCCGGUAAACCGGAAAUCGAGAGGGCUUGUUCGAGUGACAGGUAUUGCGUCGGGCAGUGGUUCAUUGGACCAUGGGGCCCUUGCUCAGAGUCGUGCAACGGUGUCUCCAAACAGACUCGCGAAGUUAUGUGUUUAGUUAAAGUGAGAGGACAAACGCGUAUAGCUAAUGAUAUGACGUGUUCUGUGCAAGAAAAACCGAUCACUGAGAGAGCGUGCAGCGGACAAUGCACACCGAAGUGGUUUGUUGGAGAGUGGGGCGUUUGCGAAGGACCUUGUCCCGCUGGAAUCCAACGCAGAGAAGUGCGCUGCAUGGAGGCAAACGGUGCCCCAUCGAAUCUGUGCACCGACCCCGACAGACCAAUAUUGAAACGUUCCUGCGGCUGCGAGAGAAAGGACGACCAGAUGAAUAUCCCAUCGCACGAUGAACCACAGGACCAUACUUGUGCAGACAAAAUUCGAAAUUGUCACCUGGCGGUCCAAGCACGACUCUGCCAAUAUCAAUACUACAAUAACUCAUGCUGCGCGUCUUGCAGAAGAGCGCCACAAGAAAUAAUUGAGUGAACAAGUCAACCUAACCUACGAAAAUGAAUCCUAAUAGUUUGUCUUGCUGAAAGCAAAACAAAUAUAUUUAAAUUUGACUGAAGACAAAGUAAAGGACUAGGAGAUCUGCAUGAAUCAUUCAAUUUUUGAUAUUAAACCUACUACGCUGCAUGAUCUUUAUGUACAUCACAUGUAGAAUACUCUCAUUUGUUAGUUGUCUGUGAUUGUUUACUAUUUAAAUUAACAUUAGCUUAUGUAUGUUGAGUGCCAGAUACUUAUUUAAUAUGCUUCCGAAGCACUGCCAUUAAAAAGCGUGAUUGGUAUAAAAAGUAAGUAUUAAAUUUUUACAUGUAUAUGCCAUAUUUGUAUUUAAAAAAAAACCAUAGAGUCGAACAAAUUUUUUACAUUUGUAUACAAGAAGAAUUGUAAAUUAAUAUUUUACGCUGUUAGCGUACGACUGCGCACUUGCCAAAACGUCUAAUUAAUUAUAAAAUAUAACUAGCAAUAAAUUUUAGAUACCUUCAUAAUUUUUUAUUAUCUAUAGAUGUAACACAGUUAUUAUGUUUAAGGAAAGGAGUAUUAUAAUCAUCUACGCUUUAACGUAUUUAUUAGUAAAACAAUGCAAAAACCAAAAA